AUGGAAAAGACGUUUCCCUGUCCAUAUUGUGAGAAAGAAUUUCGUUAUGAAUCUCAGUUUGAAAUCCACCAGAGGACCCACACAGGGGAGAGGCCUUUUAAGUGCAGCAUUUGUAACAAAGGGUUCAUGCAGCCCUCAGAUGUUCGAGUCCAUGAGAGAAUCCAUACGGGAGAGAAACCUUACAAGUGUCUGAUCUGCCAUCAAAGGUUCACGCACGACUCUACCCUGAAGUGCCACCAAAGGAUCCACACAAAAGAGAGGCCGUUUGAGUGUCCAGUGUGUGCACAAAAGUUCAGCCACAAGGGGAACCUCAAUGUGCACCGGCGAAUCCACAGUGGGGCAAAACCUUACACCUGUUCUGUGUGUCAUCGUUCCUUCCGUCAGCUGGGAACGUUCAAGCGCCAUGAAAGAAACCAUUCCAAAACCACCCCCCAGUGA